CUGCUUACCAAAGUGAAUCGUGUCUACGAGGAAGAAAGCAAAAAUCUCGGGCGCCAGGUGGAAAGCUCUUGCAAUUACAGACGCGAGAACGUUCAAGAGAAGGACGCGUUUGUAGAGAAGAGCCGUAAGCACGACUUGGAGGGCAGCAGCAGAUUCCAGCGUCGUCCGUCGGUGCCAAGUGGUGGUUCAACAACCGAAGAUAGCAGUGUGUACAGCGCUGAUGAAGGAUCACCGCCACUCGUAAACGGUAAAUCCCUGCACAAAAACCAUGCUGCACCUGUAGACACCUCUGCACGAAUCACCCAAACAUCACCACCCAACACAGCUGUUGCUGCUAGUGCACCAUCAGCACCACAAGUCCUGGCACGCAACGCCAUAUACGGUAAAGCAUCGCUGCGAUUGCCAUCACCGUUCAAGAAACGUAGCACAUUUCGUGAUGAUACCUUCCAAGGGGCAUAUACAAACCCCAACGUUCGAAAAUUGAUCGAUGUACAGUAUGACGCCAACGAUUAG